GCUGAGACAAUGGAUGGAUUAAAAAAAUAAUAAUAGUAAUACUACUACUACUACUACUACUACUACUAAUAAUAAGAAGAAGAAGAAGACGACGAAUAUAUGACGUCAGGUCGCUUCUUAUUGGACAAACACGCGGAAGUGAAGCUAUCAUUUGUGUUCCGGUAAACGACAACCACAAGACAAACAGGCUCAACAAGUCGGGCAGUUCGUCGUGUGUUUUGAGCUGACGCCAUGGCGGCACCAGCCCAGCUCAAAGCCGUCCAGCACCACCUGCGCACUGCGCAGGAGCACGACAAGAGGGACCCUGUGGUGGCUUACUACUGCCGCCUGUACGCCAUGCAGACUGGAAUGAAGUUGGACAGCAAAACUCCGGAGUGCCGCAAGUUCCUGGUCAUGCUCAUGGACCAGCUUGAGUCGAUGAAGAUGGAGUUGAAGGACAAUGAUUCCAUCACUCAGGAGGUGGUCGGCAAUGCCCAUAUAGAAAACUACGCUCUAAAAAUGUUUCUCUACGCUGACAAUGAGGACCGAGCGGGACGGUUCCACAAGAACAUGAUCAAGUCCUUCUACACAUCCAGCCUGCUUCUGGACGUCCUCUCAGUCUUUGGAGAGCUUUCCGAUGAGAACAUCCAACACAGAAAGUAUGCCCGCUGGAAGGCCUCGUACAUUCACAACUGUCUGAAAAAUGGCGAGACGCCUGAGGCCGGACCGAUCGGCAUGGACCUGGACCAGGAGGAAGCAGAUGGAGAUGAAGGUUUUUCAGGCCACCCCAUUUCACAGGGCGGCUCCUUCCGGGGAGUGGGCGGGCCUUCCUCUCAGGACCCUGACUCAGGGGGCACUGGGGUGCCGGGCAUCGGCUUCACAGAGGGCGCCGAGUCGGUAACUUUGGGUCCCCCCUCCAACUUGGUCAACGUCCACAUCCCUCCCGGAGCGCAUGCCCCCGCCAACACGCCUGCAGAUGCCGUCAAGCCGGUGCCGAUGCCGAGGACCGCCAAUGCCGUCGACCCUGCCCUCCUGCACAGCCAGCAGCAAGGAGAUGUCCACUUGUCUGCCGAAGACUUUACCAAGGCCCAAAAGUACUGCAAGUACGCUGGUAGCGCCCUGCAGUACGAGGACGUUUCCACAGCUGUCAGCAACCUCCAGAAGGCCCUCAAACUGCUCACCACUGGACAAGAAUGAGGCCAUUGUCGUCUUAACUCUAACCGCCGGCGAAGUCUAUCUGCACCAUCUCGUCAGCUCAAACCAUGCAUGCACACACACACACACACACACACACACACACACACACACACACCGGCUGGCAGCCAGGAGCUCUGAUGGAGACUAAGGCCCAACAAUGCCCGCCUAUGUGCGUCUUUACUUGAUUAUGAAACGAGGCGACGACAUUCCCUGAAAGCGUGAACGUGAUAGCAACACACCACAUGGAGCUUCUUGUUCGCAGUGUAUAGCGUGCCGUCUCGCCGUUUCAUUUUCUUGCACUUGAUCCUAUAUAAAGGCGCUCGAUCCAAUGUUUUUGUGUUGUGUACAUGCACGGCAUGCAACACAAAAUAGUUGUGUGCGUACACAACACUGCACACAAGAGUGGUGUUAGCAAGCACGCUAGCUGCAUUUCUUGUACUUAUUAUGUGCUAACUACUUGCUAGUGUUGCUAGCAAUCUGAGAUUUUCAUUGGGAAAAUUCAUGAUGCUCCAAAUAAAUCCAAUUGACUUUUUUUA